AUGGGAACCACCAAACCGCGCCCUUCUGGAAAAGCUUCCCUCGCAGCCGCCCAAACUUUACCCGAGAGGACUUUCAUAAUCGACAAUGGCGCGUAUACGAUGAAAGCCGGCUAUGCGCCCGACUCUAUCACGGAAGAUGAAACAGAGGCACUAUCCGCCUGUUCUGUUAUUUCUAAUGCGCUCGUUAAGACUCGCGACAACCGCGUUUACGUGGGUUCGCAACUUGGUACUCAUGUUACGGAUUGGAACGAGUUGAUGUUUCGACGUCCGGUCGAGAAGGGAUAUACUGUGAACUGGGAAGCGCAAAAGGAAAUCUGGGAGCAUUCAUUCUUUGACGAAAAGACUGUACGAAGCAAGGACCUGCGGAUUGCCAAACCGGAAGAAACGACUCUUGUGCUUACCGAGGCUCCAAACGCGUUACCGGCGCUGCAGAAGAACGCAGACGAGAUUGUGAUGGAGGAGUGGGGCUUUGGUGGCUAUUUAAGAUGCGUGGGUAUGGUAGUAAAUGACACUGUUAUACUGCUGCUUGGUUAUCUGGCUAAUAUUGCCAUUUUAGGUCCGUCGCUAAACGCCUGGAACGAAGUCCAAUCUUUAUUUGGAGACCCCAUCGUGCAGAAGUAUGACUCGGCUGUUUCGCCAAGAGAAUGCCUCCUCGUGGUCGAUUCGGGCUAUUCUCACACCACAGUUACACCACUGUACAAAGGCCAACCUCUUCAGCGUGCCAUUCGCAGACUUGACCUUGGAGGCAAACAUCUAACGAACUAUCUGAAGGAGAUGGUAUCAAUGAGGCAAUACAACAUGGUGGAUGAAGCAUAUAUCAUUAAUGAAGUGAAGGAAGCAGUGUGCUAUGUCAGUGAUGAUUUUGCUCGUGAUAUGGAACAGACUUGGAAGGGCAACCGAAAGCGUGGCCAAUUCGAUCCUGACGAAGGUGUCACGGUCGACUAUGUCCUGCCAGACCCAAAUGGGAGCAAAAAAGGGUUUAUGCGACCUCAUGAUCCUCUAUUGAAUGCCAAGAAGAGGAAAAGUGCACUCUCAGGUGCUACCGCCGAGGCCUUAUCUGAGGAUGUCUUGGUCCUGAGCAACGAGCGUUUCACAGUCCCUGAGAUUCUAUUCAACCCAAGUGACAUCGGCAUGAAGCAGGCUGGCAUUACGGAUAUGAUUCUCCAGAGCCUUUCGGUGCUGCCCACGGGGUUACACCCCGCCUUCCUGGCAAAUGUGUUAGUUGUUGGAGGAAACUCCUUGAUUGCUGGAUUUAUGGAAAGACUGGAGAAGGAAUUGCGUGAAGUCGCUUCGGCAGAAUGCGCUGUGAGGGUUCGACAGCCUCAGGAUUCAAUUCGCUCCACAUGGCUUGGGGCAAGUCGAUUGGCCACCAAUAAAGAUGAAAUGAAGAAAGUUGCUAUCACUCGCCAGGAAUAUCAAGAGAAUGGCUCUGUUUGGACUGGGAGGAAAUUUGCUGGCACUUUAUGA